UCCUUCUCAGACGCUGUUUUUCUUGUUCCAUUUUUCCUUCUUCUGUUUCUUUCUUUAUUAUUAUUAUUAUUUAAGCGGCUCAACCAUAUUCCAUAGCAGGGUUAUUUUACUGCUUUUGCUUCUUCUCUUGCACUGAAGUUAGUUUAAGCCAAAGAUUUCCAAUGGAAGUAACAAACAGGUACGUAGUGACAAGACAUCAUAUUGAUGGAACACCACAAGAAUCUGAUUUUGAGCUCAAGACAGAGGCUCUUUCUUUAUCUAUUGAGCCUGGUAAAAAGGAGCUCAUUGUGAAAAUUCUUUACUUAUCCAUUGAUCCAUACCAAUUGAACCGCAUGAAGCAAAAAAGUUCCUCGCAGGAAACCACAAGCUCUGCACGUGCUGUUAAGCCUUUUGAGGCCAUUGAUGCUCAUGGUGUUGGGAGAGUUGUUGCUUCGGGGAAUCCCGCCUUUAAAGAGGAUGACUUAGUUGCCGGACUCCUGACUUGGGGAGAAUACUGCACAGUAAAAGAAGGUGGCUUGCUAAACAAGGUUGAUAACAUAGGAUUUCCCAUUUCUCACCAUGUAGGUGUUCUGGCAUUCAGUGGGCUUACAGCUUAUGCUGGAUUUUUUGAGGUUUGUAAGCCAAAGAAAGGGGAGAAAGUGUUUGUCUCUGCGGCUGCAGGAUCUGUUGGAAAUUUAGUAGGACAAUAUGCAAAGCUGUUUGGAUGCAAUGUUGUAGGAUGUGCUGGUAGCCAAAAAAAGGUGGACUUGCUAAAGGAGAAGCUUGGUUUUGAUGAAGCAUUCAACUACAAAGAAGAAACUGAUCUGAAAUCAGCUCUCAAAAGGUACUUCCCAGAUGGGAUCGACAUAUACUUUGAUAAUGUGGGAGCAGAAAUGCUGGAAGCUGCGGUUGAGAACAUGAAUACAUUCGGUAGAGUUGCUGUUUGUGGCGCUAUAUCUGAAUAUACGGACAAAGGAAAACGUGCUGCUCCAAACAUGGUAGAUAUUAUUUACAAGAGGAUAACAAUGCAAGGAUUUUUAUCUGUUGAUCAUAUGAAAGUCUACAAGGAUUUCAUUUCAGACACAGUUGAGCACAUUCGGGCAGGAAAGUUGCAGGUUCUUGAAGACAUUUCACAUGGUUUGGAAAGCAUACCAUCUGCUUUUGUAGGUCUUUUCCGAGGCGAUAAUAUAGGGAAAAAGAUGGUUCAAGUUGCAGAUGAUUGAAUAAUUGAUCAUUUCACUAGAGUUUCAACAAACAAAUAUAUAUUGUAGGGAGAAGAAGAGGCUUAAUCUCAUGGCUCCCCAGCUUGCAACUUCUCUUGUAAUCGAUAAUGUGACCUCAUGAAUCAAGGAGUCUUUUCAACAAGAAGAUGCAACACAAGCAUUGCCUUCAGGUUAAAGUCUCUGGUGGUCUUGUUUCAGGCCACAAGAGAAGUAGAUUUUUUGAGUUACAGCUCAACCUAGCUCAUAUUAGAUGAUUUUACAGCUCAGCCUAGCUGACGUUAGAUGAUUAUUUGGAGUAAAAAGUACAAAGCUGGAAUUAGAAGUUUCCCACAGCCAAACAUGAAGCCGUAAGAAAAUCCAUUUUACAAGUCCAACCGAAAGUCUACUUUUGACAAAUAGCAGUGGAGGAAAGCUAAACAGGCCAUUCUGAGCUUAUCUGUGAUAUCAGCCUUCCUUUAUAAAUUCAAACAGCAGGCAGACAUGACCAGGAAAGGCACUUCCAACGGGAUUUCAUGCAACUCUGUGGCUCUCAGCAACCAUCCCCACUCCACCCCGAAGACAGGCAAGAAAACGAAUCAGAUCCUUCCAACUGGGAAGAAGAUAUGAUAGGGAGGGGAAAAAACUGAGUUAAAAAUUAGGUGCUUCAUUUUAACAUUUUCUUUCACAUCCCCAAACCAUCAUUCUUGAAGAAAGCACGCAAAAAACAAAAAUAAUUCUC